CUACAUCAUCGCCAACCAACUUCAACAGCUGCCCCGCGGGUUGUCUCACCACCACCACAACGACGCUACUUUCCUUUUCUCGGCGCCGAGUUUCGACUUGAAUCUCUCCGUAGCUUGCGUAGCUCCUAUCCUUUCAAAAUGGCGAACCAAACCCCUGCCGUUGUCAUGGACAACGGCACGGGAUUCUCAAAGCUUGGUUUCGCCGGUAACGAUUCUCCCUCGUUCGUUUUCCCGACCGCGAUAGCUACGAAAGGAGGAGCAGGCGGUAGCGGCGGGACCGGGUCUGGCCGACCGGCCGUGGCAAACAAACCAUCUUUCCUCACAGGGGGUGCUGGUCCCGGAGGCCAUCUAUCGACAAAACGGGGUACAGAAGACUUGGAUUUCUUCAUCGGCGAUGAGGCAAUCGCUGCUUCGAACGGGCCAGGCUACGGACUACACUACCCGAUCCGACACGGUCAAAUAGAGAACUGGGAUCACAUGGAAAGAUUCUGGUCCAACUCCAUCUUCAAAUAUCUUCGUGUCGAACCUGAAGAUCACUAUUUCCUCUUAACCGAACCCCCUUUGAACCCUCCCGAAAACCGAGAGAACACGGCCGAAAUCUUUUUCGAAUCCUUCAAUUGUGCCGGUCUUUACAUUGCUGUCCAAGCUGUCCUCGCCCUUGCCGCAUCUUGGACAUCGGCAAAAGUAUCAGACCGUUCUCUCACGGGUACUGUCAUCGACUCGGGUGACGGUGUUACGCACGUCAUUCCUGUUGCUGAAGGCUACGUAAUUGGGUCCUCGAUUAAGUCCAUUCCGAUUGCCGGCCGAGACAUCACCUACUUUGUUCAGUCCCUUCUACGUGAUCGAGGAGAGCCUGACAGCUCGCUAAAGACGGCCCAGGAGAUUAAGGAAGAGUACUGUUACGUAUGUCCCGAUAUUGUCAAGGAGUUUUCGAAGUUCGAUCGAGAUCGUAGUCGGUUUGCCAAGCACGUGGUCUCUCAACCAGGUGGUCGCCAGGUCACCGUCGACGUAGGAUACGAGCGGUUCCUUGCCCCUGAAAUAUUCUUCAAUCCAGAAAUCUACUCUUCCGACUUCCUAACGCCACUCCCUGUUGUUGUCGAUGGUGUCAUUCAAUCUAGCCCGAUCGAUGUUCGACGAGGAUUGUAUAAGAACAUCGUGUUAUCAGGAGGGAGCACGUUAUAUAAGGACUUUGGGCGAAGAUUACAACGCGAUAUCAAACAUUUAGUUGAUGCUCGAAUUCGAGCCAGUGAGGUCCGCAGCGGAGGAGCGAAGAGCGGUGGCUUGGAAGUGCAGGUCAUCACGCACAAGCGACAACGGCAUGGUCCAUGGUUUGGUGGUAGCUUGUUAGGACAGACCCCAGAGUUCCGAUCGUACUGCCACACUAAAGCCGAGUAUCAAGAAUACGGACCGGGGAUCGUACGAAGAUUUGCUCUACUUGGUGGACCUGGUGGUUCGUAGGGUAAAACAGACAUUUAAUUGCGAUACCAGAUAGAGGGCAAGAAGGUGUAAAGGGUGGAUGUGUAUUCAAAAGAGCAGCAAAGUGAUUAUUAAAUUUAUGAAUGACCACCAAAUUUUUCUAUCAUUUGCCUUUUUGAUGUCUCGGCCGAAAGAAAUUCCAAGUUGCUUACCGUGUCAGGUCUAAAUGUUGAUAUUAUGACUAUCCUAUCCGAGCCUUGUUUCGUUUCAAUAUAUAGUACAUAAGAUCUUGUCCUAUAAUUAAUAAAUUAGGGGUAGGGAUUUUACUCUAUUCCUUAGAUACCUUGUA